UUAAGGAGCGGAAAGACGUUAGUAACACAUUAAUGCAGGUUCACGUGCGAUAUUCCCACUGGACCGUAAAAAGAAUGGCAGUAAAAAUCAUUUUAGCUUCUGUUUGCUGACGCGAUAGAACACUGAAGCCAUUUCUAAGAAAAGCUACAAAAAGCGCCCUUUAUGUGAGAAAGGGAUUUCUUCAGCAGUGAAAAUAGUCGCCUGACAAGCCGAGUGACGCACGGAGGACUUUCUUGAAUAGACCUAAGAUAGAAAGGUGUUAUUGGGGAAAAGGAACAGAUCAUACAGGACAUUUCACUCUUGAUCCAUAAGAAAUGGCUUCUCUCCCAGCAAUGAAGAAUAUCCCCAGUGUUGAAAAUGCCUUUAAAGCAUCCAAGAAACACAAAAACAAGAAAAGGAAAAAGGAAAAAAAGGAUAAGAGCAAAAAGUGUGUGCCUGACUUUUUGUUGCAUGAUGGCUGCCAUGAGCCAGUGUUUACACAAAUGCAAGACACCAAGAAAAGAAAAAAGCCAAAGAAGAAAACAAAACCGAAGGAAGACUUUCAGAAACCUAAAUUAAAUAAACAGCUUAAACAACCGGAAGAUAUGCACCAAAUUCAGCCUGUUAUCUACAUCUCCCCUGAUCAGGAGACACCAUAUUCAACCGAGAAGGAUUGUUAUACAAGCGUGAAACCCAAAAAGAGAGUAAUUUUCAACUUGCCACCUGAGCUGAGCCAAGCUGCAAAGACAAAUGAUGAAGAAUUCAGAAAGAUGGGCCAAAGCAAGCAGUUUGUUGGUGAAAGCAGCUUGGAAUCCAACACAGCUGAAGAAAUGAACAGCCAAGAUCUGUUUAUUACACAGAAAUCAUUCCUGGAUCCAUAUUUGGAGAUCUCCAGCACCUCAAGCUGCAGUCAGGCCACUACCGUGAAGGAACCAGAGAGUCGCUCAUGUAGGUUGACAGCUGAAGCAACAACUCAAACCGAAAACUUCUUUACCUUACCAGCAAUCUCCACCUCUCUCAGAUUUCAGGAGCAGAACGCGUCCAAAACUCCAGAGGAACCGGUAGACCUGAGCCUGCCGAACAGAACAAGACGAAUGCACGGCCCAAAACAAUCUGCUGUAGAUUCUGCAAAACCAACCAAGCUUAAGAUAUCAGACACGUCGAGUGAAGACGGCGAUACAGUGCCCAAAGCCAAAGGUGAUCUGCUCCAGCUGAAGGUCAUCCAGACCCGCUUGAAUGAGUCUUUCUUUUUUAAGGUGAAGGGUGAAGAUUCACCCAAGCCCAUGUGCCCUUUGAUGAAGCUCACGGAAAGCGUUGAGAAAAAGAUAAAGAAGUGAAAUGAGACAAAGCUAAGGUUCA